AUGGUUCUUAGAACAGGUAGACGGCGCAAUUCGGCUAUUACCCAAGUCUUCCUCCGGCCCUUUACCAAACUCGCAGUGUUAGUAUCGGAUUUUCGUGAGGCGAACGAUAUUCUCAGUCAUCGUGAUGGUAUCGAUUUCAAGCGAGGCAAGAAGGUUGACGCCUUCCCGACGGGGCUGGGACCUGAAUGCGGGGAUAUCAAGAGGCAAUUCGACCACCUCGUUACUUCAGAAGGGCCAUCUGAUUUAAGUCUAGACAUGGAUGAGAUCGUAAAGCUCGACAUUCUUCCCAAGUCACCCAAGCUCCGCGCCCUAGAGAUGAGCGAGGGAGCCCUCUCUAAAAGUUCCUAUAUGCCCUCACCACGGCCAUUCCACGCCGUCAACGACCUACGGCCCUCUGUGAGUGCUGCUAAGAGGACCAUCAAGUCGUUCGUUGAUUCUCAAGUAGCCGCUGCUGUAGAAAAACUCCAUAAGAAUGUGGAACCGGAAUCUGCCCUGGACUACAUUAUCCACAGGGAGACCAAGUCCGCAGAGAAAUCAGGGCGGGCUCCUGCAGUUCAUGACCCGCGCAUCCUGGAUAUAACCCAGUGCUAUAUGACUGCGGGACACGAUACGUCCACCUGCUCGAUGCUUUGGAUCAUGCGUAGGUUGAUGGCGGAUCCAGAGCAGCAAGUCAGAAUCCGCCAAAGCUUACGAGUGACGUACCGGGAAGCUUACAACGAGCAGAGGGUGCCGAAUGCCCAGGAGUUUGGGAAGCACUCUGCCUACCUCGAGGCCUUUGUUGAAGAGGUUCUUCGAUACAACUGCCCUGUUCCAACUAUCCUUGUCAUGACAAAGAGGGACACGAUACUACUUGGGCAUCACAUUCCUGCCGAUACUCAAGUCUUUCUCAAUCUGACAGGGCCUUCCCUCACAACUCCCUCACUCACCAUCCAAGAACAAUCCAGAAACCAUACGGCCAGAAUGUACAGACAUAAAGCCGCUCAUGACAACUGGGAUGAUUUUGACCCUGCCGCUUUCCGGCCUGAGAGGUGGUUGAGGCAGGAUGAGCAGGGGACCAUGAUAUUUAGCCCCAGUAGUGGCCCUUCUCUAUCACUGAGCGCGGGCAACAGAGGCUGCUGGGGCCAGAAGCUUGGAUAUCUUGAGAUAAGGAUCCUUAGUUUCAUGGGAGACGUAUGA